AUGACAGCCCCAGCCGACCUCGAAAAGUCGAAGAAUGACGACAACUUCCUCCACAACUGCGAUUUCGUCAACUUCGGUCUCGGCGACAAUGACCAGAAACCUUGGAUCCACUACUCGUGCCCCUUGAACAAACCACCCUACAUGCAAUGUUCCCGUCUGGAACUCAACGACUGCAUCAUCAACGAUCACGGAGUCCUGCGUGGACAAGAAAAGGGAGGGUUCGCAAAAAGCUGUAAGGACUGCGUCUACCUUCACGAGAUUGGCAACCUCAUCUGCCAGUGCGCAUUCGGAAACCCAAUCCAGUUCCGCGAGACCCAUAGAUACCUUGACCAGGAUGUGUGGCUCUCUGGCAGUAAGCUAGGUUGCUUCGGAAUGAAGUCUAGCAGCAAAUGUUGA